GUAGUGGUCGGGCGCACACGAGUGGCUCUGGCAGUCUGGCUGUUCUCUCUGUCCGUGGUGUUGCUGACUCGGAACACUUGAGACUUGAGUGAGACUUUUAACACACUGCACACCCUGCAGUUGGAUAUUACGACCUCAAGGAGAGUUCUUCGCCUGCAGCCACGUGCGUCUCACUUGAAGGUCAGGUGUCCUUGGGAGCAGCGGCCGCCAGCUUAGGCCGACUCACAGAAAACGGUGGAGCUCAGUGCUGGGCCGUGAGCGCGCCAAAACGGAGGCAGCGCCCGCCGAGAGCGCACGUGUGUUUGUCGCUCCCACUCAGUCGUCCUCAUCCUCUCUUUGACACGUGCAACCGUCACCUCUUAGUGAUGAUCCGGCCAGGAGCGGGGCGAGGCCGGGUCCCUGCGGGACGUAGCUAGCCAUGGCGAGUGGGUCGCACCACUGCAAGGACUGCGGCUUGUACUUCGAGAGCGCGCGGUCCCUCGAAGUGCACCUUCAGUAUCACAAGGAAAACUUAAUGAACAUGUGGAUGGGAAGUGACGAACGUGGGCGUGAGGGUGGUGCUCCGGCGCCCUCCCCCGGACAGGGUGGUGAACUUACGCCCCUGGGAGUGGGUAGCGGGGACGGAGGACUUGUGAGUAGUUCAGUGCAGAGUGUUAACACGGGCGUCAGCUCCAGCGCCUUCACCGCUCCUUCUCCGAUGCAGUACGAGUACAAGAUGUCCCCUGGACUCCAGUCCCCUCAAGGGGGAGUGGUUGUGCCACAGGGACCACCCUCUGGACAUGGCAUCUCUGUUGGGUUCCCCCAGCAGUCACCUGGAGGCUUCUACCCCGACUACGGCCAGCAGCAGCACCACCAGCAGCAGCCGCAACAGUUCCCCGGGUACCAGCUGGGCUUCCUCAACGGGGGCUUUGACGAUGGCUUCUAUGGGCGCGGGCCGGCCACGGCGCCUAGGUUCCACCCGUACAUGGGUCGAUCCCCGGCGCCCACGCCCUCGCCUGGGAACCCGCCCCCCGACAUAAAGGAGGAGAUGUCCACAACCGACACGCCAGAGAUCCUCGACCUAGACUCCCAAAAGGUGCUGGGCAGCAGCGCUGUGUCGCAGCCGCCCCAGCCUCAGUCAGGGCCUCUCCCUCCCAUGUGGCGGCCCCAUGAGCAGUUCCCCGCUCCGAGUGGAAUGCCUAUGGGAAGCCUCCCGCCCAUGCAGCAGCCUGGUUUCCCGCCGGGCCCUCCACCUCCACCACAACACAUCCCACCGCUGGGGGGAAGCAGCUCCUUCCUCUCGGGAGGUGGGGGCGGCAUCGGGGGCUACCACCCACAGGGCCUGGCAACAGCCCCCCAGGCCAUGACCAGCCCCAGCAGCGUGUUCGGGGCUCCUCCUCCAUCGCCGCGGGAAACAGCUCCACCUUCAGAGUUCGCCUCUAACGUUAAAAGGCCGAAAAGCUUCAAAUGUGAGGACUGCAAUAAGUGGUUUACGAGCCAUGGACACCUGAAGCGACACUACAACACGACCCUGCAUAAGAAUAUGACCAAACUCAACGGCAACAACGCUUCCCGCUCCACCCCUGACCCCACCCGCCCACCAAUUCUCUCUCCGGGUGCCAAAAGCAUUGGUGAAGCCUCCAACAUCUCCAGCCAGGACGAGGAGAGCAACCUGUCGGCCACGGACGCCCUGGAAACCCCUCCGCCUCCGACAAUGCAGCAGCCUCCACCUGCCUACAACCCCCCGCCCACCUCCAUCUCGGGGUACCAGCCCCCCGGGGUACCUGGGCCCUCCCAAGGGCUCCACCCUCCGCCGCAGUUUAGUCAGGCGCCGCACUUUCUAGGGGGUGAACAGCCCCCUACGGCACCGACGUUAUACCACGGCCACUUCAGCACUAACCCGGCAGGGUUUGGCGGUCAGCCUCCCGUCUCUAUGGGGGGCGGGCCGCCUUUUUAUCCAGGCAGCGGGAACAACAAUUUUGGUGGUUAUCAGACGCAGGGGGGCCACCAGGGCCCGGGGUUUCAUUCAAUGAGUGAAUACCCCGGGCAAAGCCUGGAUGGAUUCAACAAUUUCAAGCUGGAUAGUGAAAGCGGGUCAGGUGGGGGCUCGCGCUCCCCGGAACCUGCGGGAGGAGACACUGGUUCCGAGGCUUCCAUGGACUCCAGCGAGUCGGGCGGCACAACCAGCAGCGUGACCACAGGCGAGGGUACCUUCAGGUGUCAAGACUGUGGCAAACUUUUCAACCGCAUGUGUUACCUGACCCAACACCGCACCACCUACCACGAGGGGGAGAAGCCCUUCAAGUGUGGCACCUGUGGUAAACGUUUCCCUGACGAGCUCGCCUUCAGUGACCACCAGAACAAGCACGCGGGCGACAAGCCGUACAAAUGCGAGGUGUGCCCCAAGCAGUUCAACCACAAGACGGACCUGCGCCGCCACAUGUGCCUCCACACCGGCGAGAAGCCCUUCACGUGCGAGCAGUGCGGCAAGGGGUUCAUCCGCAAGGACCACAUGCUCAAGCACUUCCAGACGCACCGCAAGAAGGCCAUGGCUGCCACCGCCGCUCCCUCCCACCCACCCCAGGGACCGGCCAUCAGCCAUGCGCCACCAGGCUUCCCAGGGCACCAUCCGGGCCACCGCCCCGGGGUUCCACAUGGAGCAAUGGGCCACCCGGGCCACGGCCCUCCGGGUCACCCAGGCCACCCUCCCCAUGUUGUGGCCCCGCCCGUUUACUGAUGACGGCCUAGCUGUGGCCCCGGAGUGGGCGGCAUGACCCCUGUGGGUGACCUGGCCGCGCACGCCGCGCCCGUCUUCCGCCGGUGCUGAGUUCCUGUGGCCGCCACGCCCCACAUCUACCUCACGCGGCUUCCGCCGCCCUGUGAUACCGCGCCAACAUUCCAUGCCGCGGGCGGCCACCCCUGUGCCAUACUGACUCCGCCGCCCAGCCGGGUGGCCGGAGUCGCCCCGGCCCGGCUCCGUGCCUCGCGUUCCGUGCCUGAGGCCUCCGUUACCUCGCAUCGUGUCCUCCUCCUACUGUGAAACACACCCGCUCAGAGGAUCGUGGCCGCCAGUGUGCAGGAAAGUGAACUUACCUGUAUCAGUAUUGUUGUGGCCGCCACGACCCUCAUCCUCUCACCUGCUACUCGACCCGCCUCACCUUCGCCUCCCCGCACGUGCCUCACCUUUGCCUGUCACAGCACCCUUUUUUCCCUCCCUUCUCCCCUCCCUUCCCUCCCCUUCGCUGACCUGGUGGGCACCCUACUCCUCCUCCUUCUCUCCACCUGUGACCCGCACCAAUCCUUCGGCCCACACACAGACGGACAUGUAUACAGUGCAGCGCGUCAAGAGGAGGCGAGAGCAGUGCCCGGCCCUGCGGGGUGGGAGUGAGGGUUGUGGUGGAGCGCCCGUCUGCACUCGGACACCAACAGCAGAAAAAACGGUUACAUGAACAAUACCUCAGAAUACUCGGAAUACCUCAAGCAUGUGUCAAAAACUUAUGCACAAAACCUAACAGGGUUAGUCUUAUGCAAAGUGAUAAUAUGCUACUUGGUGUGAUGUGGCGCCGGAGGUGCAGCAUUUACGGUGUGAGGGUUCUGCUCGCCUCUUCUUAAUUCGAUCAGAUGCUUGUGGCCAUUUUUGGCUAUUGUUAUUUUUACAUGAUUAGCUGUGUACUCGCCCCGGGUGACUCUUACAUGAUUAGCUGUCUACUCGCCCUGGGCAACGGUUACACGCAAAGAAACACGAGUUACCUCAGUGUAAUUUAAUUUUUUUAUACUGUUAUCAAUUGUCUUGAAAUAAUUAUGAUCCCCAAAUUUGUGAAUUUUGAGUGCUUGCCGCAGCGAGCCUGAUGAUUGGUCUACCUCAUUGGCCUGGAAUGUGAGAAAGACAAUGAUGCUAUUCGACACUUAUGUUCUGUUUUCUGCCUAAGGUUGUAUUCAAGUUACGUUGUGGAUACCGAGGGGCACCCUGUAUAUCAUUACCGUUAAUGUUAUGAUAAUGAAACUCAAAUCUAGACCUUAGUGAUAUUCAAUUUAGACAUUAAUAAUGACAUUUGUGUUACGGAUUUUAGAAUUCUUUUUAAGAAUAAAGACUAGUUUUUGUAA